UCGCUGCGAUGGAGAUGACGCAAACAGCCUGUGCUCUCCGAAAAAGUCUUUCCAGGCGAACAUGGCGGCAACUUAGGCGCGCUCCAAGAUGACAACGGCCGGCCGGAGACGGGAAUCAAGGCUCGACGCUCGGCUUCGAGGCGGUGACAAACCCGGCCAGUGCGGGCCGGCACUGUGAGCCCAAUCUGCGGCAGACGCCCCAGCAAGGAUCAUCAUCAUCAUCCUCCUCAUCCUCCUCCUCCUCCUCAUCGUCAGCAGCAGCAGCAGCAGCAGCAGCAGCAGCAGCGGCGUCGAACAGGGAUUUUGCCAACAUCCUGCACCGAAGGACGGGGAGGACACCCGGGGAGGCGAGGAAGAAGGGGGGGGCAUGCGGUCAAAGAGGACGCCGUCCCCCCGCGGGGAGCCGUGGAGGAUGCGGCAAGCUUAAUCCGCGCGGGUGGGCUUUAUCGGACCGGAAUAGCACCGACCCUGCACCGGCGGAGGAACACGGCAACCCGCGGGAGAACGCAGCCUGCCUCCCCUAAGUCAAUGAGUAUUGAGACAGAGAAGCCCCCGCGGUGGAGUCGGCCAGGGCAGCGCUCUCCUAAAAUAUGACCAGGGGUGCUUGGAUGCGUCGACAGCAUGACGACGGCGUCAAACACUGGUUCGCACCCCGCGGGACCGAGAAGCCAUCCACCGAGUCGGAGCGGGCCCAGAGAUGGCGACUGUCGCUGGCCUCGCUGCUCUUCAUCACCGUCCUGCUCUCGGAUCACCUGUGGUUCUGCGCCGAGGCCACGCUCGCCCGCACCAGGGACAAGCGCGCCGGCCCGCCGGGGCCGGGGAUCAGAGAGACGGGCGAGCAGCCUCACUCCCUCCGCUGGGUCCCGCCGACAUCACCACCACCGCCACCGCCAUCGUCAUCAUCCUCAUCGUCAUCACCACCGCCUGACCCCUACCGGCUCGCCAGAGAGCAAGAUGCUAUUUUUCUAGGGAAUUCUACCGAACCUCUGUGGCGGAUGGACACCUGUCACCCGGACAGCGUGUCCAAAGACUGCUUCACGUUCACGGACGCGGACACCGUGUGCCUGGGCCUCUCCGCCUUCGCCGCCGGAGGGGGCGAGGAGGGGACGCAGUCGGCGGCUGACGUGAACCUGGGCGAUUUGUACCUUUCUUUUUGUAAUUCCUACUCACUUUUGGAUUUGUUCCACGGGUUUACGAGUCCACGCCACGUCAACUGCACCCUGGAUACGGCCACGGGGGCGGCGGACGCGCCGGGAUGCGGCGAGUGCGUGCGGGCUUUCCAGCUCCUCGACCGGCUGGCGGAGGACAACUACCGGGAGUUCGAGCUGCUGGUGCGCAAGUACGAGACGGACGCGUACUCGGUUCGGACGUGCAUGGAGGAAUGCAAGUUGGCAUACAAGCCGUGGCUGUGUUCUCAGUACUUCCAGACCACCCAGAUGCACUGCACUAAGAGAAUCCCCUGUGGUCAAUACUGCCUGGAGGUGCAGCAGCGGUGUCCCUUUGUCCUGCCUGACAACGAUGAUCUCAUUCACGGAGGCAGCCCCAGUUUUAUAUGUGCAGGGUUGCUGGAGGACCAUCCGUCGGGCGCCGACCCGGACGCAGAGUGCUGCGACGUGCGGUGGGACUUGAAAGUGGACAACCGCUCUCGGGGGACGCUGAAAAGAACUCACCCGCCAUGCCAGCACCGAACCUCCCUCAGCUCCUCGGCAGCGAGCAGACUGUGUAACAGCCGCCUCAAACUCUGCCUGCUGGUGCUGGUCCUCCUGCACACUGUGGCCAGUCUCACCGCCGCCCACAAUGCAACGGGCCUGGGCCUCCCCGCCAUCACGCCUCUGGAGGAGAGCCCCGCCAGUGAGGAGUGAUUGCCCGGAGGAGGAAGGAGUUCACGUGAGAGAUGUUAAGGUGUGCAAAAAGAGGAGAGAUUUACCGCGAGAGUAACACAUGCUAGUAAGUUCUUUUGUUUUUACAUGAUUUCCAAGCCCUCACGCUAUUACUUUGGUCUGUUAUACGUCACAGGGUAUUGAAUGCCGUUAUGGCAUGCACCUAAUAUUAUCCACAAGCUGGUGAUUUGAUCACAAUGGACGACCACAUUCAGGCUGCGUUCACACUUGUGGUUCUGCGCUCCGCUCUGAAAGAAACAGAUUUAAAACAUGCACGUUGGAAGCUGUUCACUUAGCGUUCAAUCCAUUUUAUUUAUAUAGCACAUUUAAAGGCCUACUGAAAUGAGAUUUUCUUAUUUAAACGGGGAUAGCAGGUCCAUUCUAUGUGUCAUACUUGAUAAUUUCGCGAUAUUGCCAUAUUUUCGCUGAAAGGAUUUAGUAGAGAACAUCGACGAUAAAGUUCGCAACUUUUCGUCGCUAAUAAAAAAGCCUUGCCUGUAGCAGAAGAUGUGCGCCUGACGACACGGGUUGUAGGGCUCCUCACAUCCUCACAUUGUUUACAAUCAUAGCCAGCAGCAGCUAGAGCUAUUCGGACCGAGAAAGCGACAAUUUCCUCAUUAAUUUGAGCGAGGAUGAAAGAUUCGUCGAUGAGGACGUUUAGAGUGAGGUGCUAGAAAGAAAAAAAAAAAGAAAAGGCGACGGCUCCAGGCGGCGUUACAGAUGUAAUUAGACACGUUUACUAGGAUAAUUUUGGAAGAUCCCUUAUCUGCUUAUAGUGUUUUAGUGAGAUUGUAAAGUCAUACCUGAAAGUCGGAUGGCUGCGGAGAAAGCCAGUGUCUCUCAGAGAAGCCGAUGGAGGAGCCAAGAUCACAGCUGGCUUUUUGAGCUGCAUUUUGAGGUCCCAUAAUCCACUGAAGUCUUUGGUAAGAGCCGACUUAAUAUCACAAUUUUUUCCAUCCAAAAACAUGCUGGUUGACGUAGAGAAACAUGUUCGCUUGACCGCUCUGUGUUUAAGCUUCACAACAAACAAAGAAACACUGGCUGUUUUUCGGCGCUAAAGGCAGUUGCAAUCCACCGCUUUCCACCAACAGCAUUAUUCUUUAUAGUCUCCAUUAUUAAUUGAACAAAUUGCAAAAGAUUCAGCAACACAGAUGUCCAAAUUACUGUGUAAUUAUUUGAUGAAAAGAGACUACUUUUAGCCGUGUGUGGUGCUGGGCUGAUAUGUCCGCUACAACCCGAGACGUCAAACGCACGCGUCAUCAUACCGCGACGUUUUCAACAAGAAACUCCGCGGGAACUUUAAAAUUGUAAUUUAGUAAACUAAACCGGCCGUAUUGGCAUGUGUUGCAAUGUUAAUAUUUCAUCAUUGAUAUAUAAACUAUCAGACUGCGUGGUCGGUAGUAGUGGGUUUCAGUAGGCCUUUAAACAACAAAUAUGUUUCCAAAAUGCUGCACAAAAAUAUUAAAAACAAGAUCCAAAUACUAUCCUUACCUCCACCAAUGAUUGAAUAAAAAUUAAAUCAGUAAAUAUCAAACCAAUAUAAAAACAAUAUAGAAGUAAAUAUGUUUAAAAAAUAAUUGAAAUACAAAUGUAAAAACACAGGGGACUACACAACUCACGUAGUGUUAAAAGCCAGAGAAUAAAAGUGGGUUCGCUCUGAUAUACAGUCAUGGUCAAAAGUUUACACUUGUAAAGAACAUAAUGUCAUGGCUGUCUUCAGUUUCCAAUCAUUUCUACAACGCUUUUUUUUUUUUUUGUGAUAGAGUGAUGGGAGCACAUACUUGUUGGUCACAAAAAACAUUCAUGAAGUUUGGUUCUUUUAUGAAUUUAUUAUGGGUCUACUGAAAAUGUGACCAAAUUUGCUGGGUCAAAAGUAUACAUACAGCAAUGUUAAUAUUUGCUUACAUGUCCCUUGGCAAGUUUCACUGCAAUAAAGCAUUUUUGGCAGGCAUCCACAAGCCUCUGGCAAGCUUCUGGUUGAAUUCUUGACCACUCCUCUUUUCAAAAUAGGAGCAGUUUAGUUAAAUUUGUUGAUUGUCUGACAUGGACUUGUUUCUUCAGCAUUGUCCACACAUUUAAGUCAGAACUUUGGGAAGGCCAUUGUAAAACACUAAUUCUAGCCUGAUUUAGCCAUUCCUUUACCACUUUUGACGUGUGUUUGAGGUCAUUUUAAAUCACGCCAUGUAAACUGCUUCAAUUUCACCAAAAGCUUCUAAAAUGUACUGAGUUGAAUACGAAGAUUAUUUGAAUUUACUGCUAAUUAUAACAGCUUUGAUUUCACCUUUAGCGUCUAAAAAUUAAAAAAAUCUUUCCAUGCCAUUUUAUGUAACACAAUUCAAAUAUUCCAAAAAUUUAAAUUACAUCUCCUAGUUUGGCUUCAUCGGUUGUUUUGAUUUUAUGCUAUGUAGACAGCUUCAAUUUCACCAAAAGCUUCUAAAACAUGCUUCAAAAUCGCUUUCUGGACAUGUUAUGUGACUUAACUCAAAUAUUUUAAAACAAAAUGCAGUGUGCUGCGUUGAAUAUGGAUAUUAUUUGAAUUUACUGCCAAUUAUAACAGCUUUGAUUUCACCAAAAGCCUCUAAAAUAUACUUUAAAAAAGUUUCCAUGCCAUUUUAUGUAACACAAUUCAAAUAUUCCAAAACAAAAACGACAUCUGCUAUGUUGACUGCAUUUAGUUUUUGUAUUUUAUGCUACGUAAACAGCUUCAAUUUCACGAAAAGCUUCUAAAACAUGCUUCGAAAUAGCUUUCUGGACAUGUUAUGUGACUUAACUCAAAUAUUUUAAAGCAAAAUGCAGUGUGCUGGGUUGAAUAUGGAUAUUAUUUGAAUUUACUGCCAAUUAUAACAGCUUUGAUUUCACCAAAAGCCUCUAAAAUAUACUUUAAAAACGUUUCCAUGCCAUUUUAUGUAACACAAUUCAAAUACUCCAGAAACACAAGCGACAUCUGCUAGGUUGACUGCAUUAGUAGUUGUAUUUUAUGCUACAUAAACAGCUUCAAAUUCACCAAAAGCUUCUAAAACAUGCUUUGAAAUAGCUUUCUGGACAUGUUAUGUAACCUAACUCAAAUAUUUUAAAGCAAAAUGCAGUGUGCUGGGUUGAAUAUGGAUAUUAUUUGAAUUUACUGCCAAUUAUAACAGCUUUGAUUUCACCAAAAGCCUCUAAAAUAUACUUUAAAAAAGUUUCCAUGCCAUUUUAUGUAACACAAUUCAAAUAUUCCAAAAAACAAAAACGACAUCUGCUAUGUUGACUGCAUUUAGUUUUUGAAUUUUAUGCUACAUAAACAGCUUCAAUUUCACGAAAAGCUUCUAAAACAUGCUUUGAAAUAGCUUUCUGGAGAUGUUAUGUCACUUAAUUCAAAUAUUUUAAACCAAAAUGCAGUGUGCUGGGUUGAAUAUGGAUAUUAUUUGAAUUUACUGCCAAUUAUAACAGCUUUGAUUUCACCAAAAGCCUCUAAAAUAUACUUUAAAAAAGUUUCCAUGCCAUUUUAUGUAACACAAUUCAAAUAUUCCAGAAACACAAUCGACAUCUGCUAGGUUGACUGCAUUAGUUGUUGUAUUUUAUGCUACAUAAACAGCUUCAAAUUCACCAAAAGCUUCUAAAACAUGCUUUGAAAGAGCUUUCUGGACAUGUUAUGUGACUUAAAUGAAAUAUUCUCAACCAAAAUGCAGUGUGCUGGGUUGAAUACGGACAUUAUUUGAAUUUACUGCCAAUUAUAACAGCUUUGAUUUUACCAAAAGCCUCUAAAAUAUACUUUAAAAAAGUUUCCAUGCCAUUUUAUGUAACACAAUUCAAAUAUUCCAAAAACAAAAACGACAUCUGCUAUGUUGACUGCAUUUAGUUUUUGUAUUUUAUGCUACGUAAACAGCUUCAAAUUCACGAAAAGCUUCUAAAACAUGCUUUGAAAUAGCUUUCUGGACAUGUUAUGUAACCUAACUCAAAUAUUUUAAAGCAAAAUGCAGUGUGCUUGGUUGAAUAUGGAUAUUAUUUGAAUUUACUGCCAAUUAUAACAGCUUUGAUUUCACCAAAAGCCUCUAAAAUAUACUUUAAAAAAGUUUCCAUGCCAUUUUAUGUAACACAAUUCAAAUAUUCCAGAAACACAAGCGACAUCUGCUAGGUUGACUGCAUUAGUUGUUGUAUUUUAUGCUACAUAAACAGCUUCAAAUUCACCAAUAGCUUCUAAAACAUGCUUUGAAAGAGCUUUCUGGACAUGUUAUGUGACUUAAAUGAAAUAUUCUAAACCAAAAUGCAGUGUGCUGGGUUGGAUACGGAUAUUAUUUGAAUUUACUGGCAAUUAUAACAGCUUUGAUUUUACCAAAAGCCUCUAAAAUAUACUUUAAAAAAGUUUCCAUGCCAUUUUGUGUAACACAAUUCAAAUAUUCCAAAAACAAAAACGACAUCUGCUAUGUUGACUGCAUUUAGUUUUUGUAUUUUAUGCUACGUAAACAGCUUCAUUUUCACGAAAAGCUUCUAAAACAUGCUUCAAAAUAGCUUUCUGGACAUGUUAUGUGACUUAACUCAAAUAUUUUAAAGCAAAAUGCAGUGUGCUGCGUUGAAUAUGGAUAUUAUUUGAAUUUACUGCCAAUUAUAACAGCUUUGAUUUCACCAAAAGCCUGUAAAAUAUACUUUGAAAAAGUUUCCAUGCCAUUUUAUGUAACACAAUUCAAAUAUUCCAAAAACAAAAACGACAUCUGCUAGGUUGACUGCAUUAGUUGUUGUAUUUUAUGCUACGUAAACAGCUUCAAAUUCACGAAAAGCUUCUAAAACAUGCUUCAAAAUCGCUUUCUGGACAUGUUAUGUGACUUGACUCAAAUAUUUUAAAACAAAAUGCAGUUUGCUGCGUUGAAUAUGGAUAUUAUUUGAAUUUACUGCCAAUUAUAACAGCUUUGAUUUUACCAAAAGCCUCUAAAAUAUACUUUAAAAAAGUUUCCAUGCCAUUUUAUGUAACACAAUUCAAAUAUUCCAAAAACAAAAACGACAUCUGCUAUGUUGACUGCAUUUAGUUUUUGUAUUUUAUGCUACGUAAACAGCUUCAAUUUCACGAAAAGCUUCUAAAACAUGCUUCGAAAUAGCUCUCUGGACAUGUUAUGUAACCUAACUCAAAUAUUUUAAAGCAAAAUGCAGUGUGCUGGGUUGAAUAUGGAUAUUAUUUAAUUUUAUUGCCAAUUAUAACAGCUUUGAUUUCACCAAAAGCCUCUAAAAUAUACUUUAAAAAAGUUUCCAUGCCAUUUUAUGUAACAAAAUUCAAAUAUUCCAAAAACAAAAAUGACAUCUGCUAUGUUGACUGCAUUUAGUUUUUGUAUUUUAUGCUACGUAAACAGCUUCAAUUUCACGAAAAGCUUCUAAAACAUGCUUUGAAAUAGCUUUCUGGAGAUGUUAUGUCACUUAAUUCAAAUAUUUUAAACCAAAAUGUAGUGUGCUGGGUUGAAUAUGGAUAUUAUUUGAAUUUACUGCCAAUUAUAACAGCUUUGAUUUUACCAAAAGCCUCUAAAAUAUACUUUAAAAAAGUUUCCAUGCCAUUUUAUGUAACACAAUUCAAAUAUUCCAGAAACACAAGCGACAUCUGCUAGGUUGACUGCAUUAGUUGUUGUUUUUUAUGCUACAUAAACAGCUUCAAAUUCACCAAAAGCUUCUAAAACAUGCUUUGAAAGAGCUUUCUGGACAUGUUAUGUGACUUAAAUGAAAUAUUCUUAACCAAAAUGCAGUGUGCUGGGUUGAAUACGGACAUUAUUUUAAUUUACUGCCAAUUAUAACAGCUUUGAUUUUACCAAAAGCCUCUAAAAUCCAUCCAUCCAUCCAUUUUCUACCACUUAUUCCCUUUUUUGGGGUCGCGGGGGGGCGCUGGCGCCUAUCUCAGCUACAAUUGGGCGGAAGGCGGCGUACACCCUGGACAAGUCGCCACCUCAUCGCAGGGCUGACAACAAUAAUUUGUCCCAAAAAAACUCUUCAGUUUGCAUUUAUUUCAACAAGCUAUAGCAGACUGAACAACAACACCUAACAUUAUCAACCCCGCUUUAAACAAUACUCCCUCACAUCAGACCGUUAAUAUACUUUAAAAAAGUUUCCAUGCCAUUUUAUGUAACACAAUUCAAAUACUCCAGAAACACAAGCGACAUCUGCUAGGUUGACUGCAUUAGUUGUUGUAUUUUAUGCUACGUAAACAGCUUCAAAUUCACCAAAAGCUUCUAAAACUUGCUUUGAAAGAGCUUUCUGGACAUGUUAUGUCACUUAACUCAAAUGUUCCAAACCAAAAUGCAGUGUGCUGGGUUGAAUAUGUUGAGUAUUUGAUAUUUUCCUGUAUUUACGAGUUUCCCUGAUAUACUUUUAAAGAGUGACCCACACAGAUCAAAGAGACAGCACUUCCAACGACACAUUUUCUGUUACAUAUUUGUCAAUUCUUCGAAGCGCCUUCAAACGUGGCAAGUGUGAACGCACCUUCAAUUAAUUUUAGCCGGGAAUGUAUGAAAUAUUACAGGCAUGCUGAUCACCUUUGCACAAAUAGAAGGGAAGGUGAGGUCAUUGUCAUGUGAUCACAUCACCACACACGUGUUCACACUCACACGGGACCUCGCAGGUUUAUGGUUCUCCCUCCCUCACUCCGUUUUGUGAGAUAAUUUAAACUAUUAUGCUUUUACACCCAUUGCCGGUGCGUUUAAAUAUUGUGAAAGUCUGACCUCUCCAAGGAUAAAACUGUGUUUAUUACAACUCAAGUCUUAUUUUUAGUCCACCUUUGAACACUGGUCAGUGGAACCUCUGAAAGUGGACCGUUCAACUUUGGAGGAUUCACUGUACUGCUAACUGGUUUGAAGCAGCUAUGGGCUUAGUGCACACACACACACACACUUUCUUUACAUUCAUGAUCUUAAACUCCAAGAGAGAUUUGUUGUCCUGACAAAUUGUGUGUGUGUGUGUGUGUUUCUCAACGUAAAAUGUGACAUGAGUUGUAAAGUGCAGUUAAUCCGUACCAAAAAAAAACUUCCAAUGACGGCUGAGCCAAUCGAUCAAAAAAUCAGAAUAAAAACAAAUUCAUCAAAUUCCCCGGGUUGGUGCCAUAAAUUGAGGAUUUUAUCCAUAUUGUGAAAUGUGCUACAAACCUGAGCUACAAGGAUAAUUCAGCCAGUAAAACAGAAGACAAAAGCCAAUGUAGUAUCUCAAGAAAGUCAGUCCAUCCCACUCAUUGUAUCUCAUACAGUAGAAAUGAACCUUAGAGUAGUCAACGUACAGCUUGUGUAGUUAAUACUAUUCACUGAAAGUAAGUCAACACACAGUUGUUUAAAAUGCUUGUUUCACCGGAAAAAAUCGUGAUGCUACCGCCAUCAUGCUUGACCGCAGACAUGUUCAAACGAAUGAACGGCAGCACUCAUGCAUCCCCAGACUUUACCAACUCCAACUGCAGCCAUGAUGGAAUUCAUGUUCAUGUUUCCCUUCAAUGAUCUGCAGUUCACAGAGACAGCAGCACUCUGGCAACCCCAGACCAUAAUGCUACCACCCCCAUUGUUGACUGUAGGCAUCUUAGUAUGGUAAAUGUGUUAUACUUGUAUAGCGCUUUUCUACCUUCAAGGUACUCAAAGCGCUUUGACACUAUUUCCACAUUCACCCAUUCACACACACAUUUACACACUGAUGGCGGGAGCUGCCAUGCAAGGCGCUAACCACGACCCAUCAGGAGCAAGGGUGAAGUCCCUUGCUCAAGGACACAACGGACGUGAGUAGGGUGAUAGAAGCUGGCGAUCAAACCAGGAACCCUCAGGUUGCUGGCACGGCCGCUCUCCCAACCGCGCCAU